AUGUCGGGCAUAGAAAGCCUGCGUUACCUUACUCCCUCGUCUUCCUAUAAGGCGAAACCAGACCGGAGCAAAGAUUCGCUUGACUCCCAGAAGAGAUUCUCUUCUCACAGGUGUUCUUCCCCUCCGUCGGACUGCCACGCCAGCAAGGCGGUGAGACGGAUCUUGGCCCUCUGCUCCAUCUCCUUGUUCUCCUUGCUGGGAAACACCGCUCUGGACCUAAGCCCCAUUCUGGAGUCCCGGAGGCAGGUGGAGAAGGCCAUCAGCAACCUCUCUUCAUGCCAGAGUUUCCUGGCGCUUUCCAUGUUCAACCUCCUUGUCCAAGAACCAAAUUGGCAAGGAGGAAGAGGAGGAGACAUGGUCGAGGAGGACUCUCGGCUGGAAGACACGCUGGAGAGCUGGGUUGCUCUCUGCAAAGAAUCCUGGUGCAAUAAUCAUUUCAGCUGCCCGACUUACAUCACCUCCAUCAGGGAGAUCAACGGCACUGCUGGGAUGGCAUUCCUACCGUUGACCAUGAUUGCAAGAAUCUUGGAGAUCCUCCAGGAGCUUGAGGAGGGAGAGGCCCCAAAGAGGAGGUCAAAUCCAGACUGGUUAGAUGUGGUCUUUCUCAGGCUUCUCCUGAGAGCCAAAGGCGACAUGCUACGGGCUCCAGAAAUGUCCCGCGAUCCUGAAGAGGCCCAAGCUUUGUGGCACCGGCUAUCUGCUCUUCUUCUUUCUUCUGUUUUCAUCUCAGAAAGCACCCAAGAAUGUUGGGCUGAGCAUCUUAACUUCUCCAUCCUGGCCACCCACCAGGAAGGACUCCACCCGGUCACUCCUCCCUCAGGAUUUCAACCACUGUCCCCUCCUUUGAUGGAUGGAUUUGACGUCCUCCAGAGAUGCUUGCUUCAGAAAAGCCGGGAGGAGCUACAGAAGAAAUCGAAGGAUAUCGUCUCCCUGGUCAGCCUCAAAAUCAGCCUCUUGGUGGUCACCAGUCUUAUCUACCCGGCUGUCCUUUUUUCCUUCAAAGAGAUGACCGAAUGGAUCCAAAAUUAUGCCAGGACCCUCAAGGAACGAACGGAGGAUCUGAAACAGGAAAGACAAAUAGCUGAAGACCUUCUUCAUCAAAUGCUGCCCAAAUCCGUGGCCAAACAGCUACGGAAACACAAGCACGUAGAGGCAGAAAAUUAUGACCAGGUGACCAUCUUCUUUUCGGACAUUGUGGGUUUCACCACCAUCGCGGCCUCGUGCACCCCGCUGCAGGUGGUGGAAAUGCUCAACAACCUCUACAUCUGCUUUGACACCAGGAUCGACUCCUACGACGUCUACAAGGUGGAAACCAUCGGAGACGCCUACAUGGUCGUGAGCGGCCUGCCUGAGAGGAACGGCACCAGGCACGCCCAUGAGAUCGCCAAGAUGGCCCUGGAUCUGGUAGCAGCGGUCCGGCAGGUUGCGAUUCCCCACCUGCCAACCAGCAAGCUGCAGUUACGGGCUGGGAUUCACACAGGGCCCUGUGUGGCUGGCAUUGUCGGGCACAAAAUGCCCCGGUAUUGUCUCUUUGGUGACACGGUGAACACCGCCUCUCGCAUGGAGUCAAGCAGUCUGCCUCAGAAAAUACACAUCAGCUCAGUCACCUACCAAGCUCUGCUUGAAGAUGACGCCUACGAAAUUGAGCUCAGAGGAGAAAUUGAGGUGAAGGGCAAAGGGAAAAUGAAAACUUACUGGUUGCUAGGAAAUAAGAACUACAGCGUCCAAAAUGACAGCCUUGUUUGCCACUGGAACCCGGGGAUGUCUCAGAGAAAGAAGGCAGGGCAGAGCUCACCUUCCGGGCAGGAGAAGAGUCCAGGUAGCGAGAGACUCCCCGUCGCUUCUCAACCUGUUAUCCAGGUUGGGGUGCAGCCAGCCUCACCCGCUGGAAGGGAGCAAGACUUCCUGGUGUCCCUAGAGAGGCUCAAGACCCUCCCUCUUCAUCCAGCCGACCCCUCGCCGUUCCGUUCAGAUGGUGAGAAGAAGCCUUCGCUGCCGGGGAUGGUGAAGGACGUCGAAGUGGGGAUGCCCGAGGGAUUUUCCCACGGCACCCGAGGUUUUUAG